AUGGAAGACGAAAUGUACGGCAUGCAAUCGACAGCGGAGUACUCGGACAAAGCGUUGAUGACGCCGGAUAACAUAUUUCCGGCGGAGUAUCACGGUUUCUUAAUGUCCUCCGGUGGCCGUAUUCCGAUGUUCGGAUCCGACGAGUUACUCUCCGCCGCGGUGGCCAUCACCGCCGGCUACGAAACUGAACCCUACCCGAACGUCGGCAUCGCACCUGAAAUUCAGCGCCACCACGACACCUCUUCCCUCAUCAAAGCCAAAAUCGCCUCUCACCCUCACUACCCUCGCCUCCUUCAAGCCUACAUCGAUUGCCAGAAGGUGGGAGCGCCUCCAGAAAUCGCGUGUUUGUUAGAGGAAAUCCGACGAGAAAACGACGUUUGCAAGAGGGACGUUGUUUACACGUGCGUUGGAGCCGAUCCCGAACUCGACGAGUUCAUGGCAACCUACUGUGACAUGCUGGUGAAAUACAAAUCCGAUCUGACGCGGCCUUUUGACGAAGCCACUACAUUCCUCACCAAGAUUGAAACGCAGCUUACCGAUCUCUGCACUGGUUCUUCUCUUCCAACCCUUUCCGUACUUCGCAUGGAGAGUUAUAUAAACCCUACGUUUGGCACAGGACGGAAGCAUCCUGCUCUCUACUUUGGCACUGCAUCUCUGACGAGAAUGACCGUCAUGAAUGAAUAUUUAGCUCGGCUAACCUCUCUCGUGUUAAGGAAAUAUGAUGGGGGUGUAUCUUCGGAAGAAGGUUUUAGUGCUGGAGAUGUUGAUCCCCAUGAUGAGCAAUUGCGUAGUGAAGAUCGAGAGCUGAAGGAUAGACUUUUACGGAAGUUUGGAAGUCACAUUGGUUCUUUGAAAUUGGAAUUUUCAAAGAAGAAAAAGAGGGGUAAGCUGCCAAAAGACGCUAGGCAAACACUACUUCAGUGGUGGAAUAUGCACUACAAAUGGCCUUACCCUACGGAAGGUGAUAAGAUUGCACUGGCUAAAUCAACUGGGUUAGACCAGAAGCAAAUUAACAAUUGGUUUAUUAAUCAAAGAAAGCGUCACUGGAAACCAUCGGAGAAUAUGCCAUUUUCUGUGGUGGAUGGUCUUACUGAGCAAGACUAUUUAGCCCGUGUAUUACUUGAAAAUGAUGAUAUGAUCUAUCCACCAACCAAGUCACGUGACAGUGGAGAGGCACGUCACCGUUAA